UGAAUUUGAACACGUUUAUCUGGAAAAUCUACCAUGUGCUUCGAUGUAUGAACGCAGUUACAUGCACAGAGAUGUCAUUACACAUGUAGCAUGUACUAAGACAGAUUUUAUUAUAACAGCCAGUCACGAUGGACAUGUAAAAUUCUGGAAAAAAAUAGAAGAAGGAAUUGAGUUUGUUAAACACUUCCGGAGUCACCUAGGUGUUAUUGAGAGUAUUGCUGUUAGUUCGGAGGGGGCGUUGUUCUGUUCAGUUGGAGAUGACAAAGCAAUGAAGGUGUUUGAUGUAGUCAACUUCGAUAUGAUCAACAUGCUGAAACUUGGCUACUACCCUGGCCAAUGUGAAUGGGUAUAUUGCCCUGGAGAUGCCAUAUCUUCUGUUGCAACAUCUGAGAAGAGCACAGGAAAAAUAUUCAUAUAUGAUGGACGAGGAAACAACCAGCCACUUCAUGUUUUUGAUAAACUCCAUACAUCCUCUCUUACUCAAAUACGGUUGAACCCUGUCUACAAAGUAGUAGUGUCUUCAGACAAAUCUGGAAUGAUCGAAUACUGGACUGGUACUCCUCAUGAGUAUAAAUUUCCCAGGAAUGUGAACUGGGAGUAUAAAACAGAUACUGAUCUAUAUGAAUUUGCUAAAUGCAAGGCUUACCCAUCCAGUAUAAGUUUUUCACCUGAUGGCAAGAAAAUGGCCACUCUUGGGUCUGACAGAAAAGUUAGAAUUUUCCGUUUUCUGACGGGGAAGCUCAUGAGAGUCUUCGAUGAAUCUCUGAGUAUGUUUACUGAACUUCAGCAGAUGAGACAGCAACUACCAGACAUGGAGUUUGGCAGACGCAUGGCAGUUGAGCGUGAGCUGGAGAAAGUGGAUGCCGUAAGAUUAAUUAAUAUAAUUUUCGAUGAAACGGGACACUUCGUUCUCUAUGGAACAAUGUUGGGCAUUAAGGUCAUAAAUGUAGAGACUAACAGGUGUAUUCGUAUCUUGGGAAAACAAGAGAACAUCAGAGUGAUGCAACUAGCUUUGUUCCAAGGAGUAGCAAAGAAACAUCGUGCUGCAAUCACUAUAGAGAUGAAGGCAUCUGAAAAUCCCGUUCUCCAGAAUAUCCAGGCAGAUCCGACAGUAAUCUGCACGGCUUUUAAAAAAAAUAGAUUUUACAUGUUUACUAAACGUGAACCAGAAGAUACGAAGAGUGCGGAUUCUGACAGAGAUGUGUUUAAUGAAAAACCUUCUAAAGAAGAGGUCAUGGCAGCCACUCAGGCAGAAGGUCCCAAAAGAGUUUCAGACAGUGCCAUCAUCCACACAAGCAUGGGAGAUAUUCAUAUCAAGCUUUUUCCUGUUGAGUGCCCCAAAACAGUGGAAAACUUCUGUGUGCACAGCAGAAAUGGUUAUUACAAUGGACACAUAUUUCACCGUAUCAUCAAGGGUUUCAUGAUUCAGACCGGUGACCCAACUGGUACAGGCAUGGGAGGUGAAAGUAUUUGGGGAGGAGAAUUUGAAGAUGAGUUUCAUUCAACUUUACGACACGACAGACCAUACACGCUCAGCAUGGCUAACGCAGGACCAAAUACCAAUGGAUCCCAGUUUUUUAUAACAGUAGUGCCAACUCCGUGGCUAGACAACAAGCACAGCGUGUUUGGACGGGUGACUAAAGGAAUGGAAGUUGUUCAAAGAAUCUCAAAUGUAAAAGUCAAUCCCAAAACGGACAAACCCUAUGAGGAUAUCAGCAUCAUUAAUAUCACUGUGAAGUAAGAGGAGUUGAAGGUUCCGGCUUAAGCAGAAAAAACGGAGCACGGUGGGACCCAAAAACAAGACCUGGAAAGAACAGAAAAAUUUUUUAUAAUUCCUAGAUGUAAGAAGUGCCAGGACAGAGCAUUCAUCAUUUCUACAUUUUUAAUGUACAUAAAGUGCCCUAAGUCUGUAUUCCUGGUAACUUUGUAUUUUAAAGUAAAAACGUGGGCAUGUUUUUUACAAA